AUGAAAAACAAGUUAAUUGAAAAGUGGAGUGGAAAGGAUUGUGAAGAAUGGGCAGGAGAGAUUGGUCUCUCGAAAAAUACAAAGAAAAUUUUGAAGAAAUUCACAGGAUCAGAUUUAAUAUCCAUUUACAAUGAGUGUGGAGGAGAUAUUGAAAAAAUGAAUGAAUACUUUAAUGGAGAAAUUAAGCCAUUUGGUGAAUUGAAAAAGUUUCAAUUUCAACUUGAAAGAAUUCGAGACAAUUUAAUGACCUACUCUGAAAAUUUUGCAAAAUAUGAAAAAUUGAGAGAGGAGAAAAAGAAGAAGAAGAAAUCAGGUGGUUUCUUUUCUACCAAAUCGACAGCAUCAGUUUUAGGAGGAGGAUUUAUUGAUGAUCCAUUCAUGUUCACUCGAGAGAACAUUCUACAACAGACUCCAGAAGAGGUGGGGAAUUUGAUGACCAUGCUUUGGAAAGCCUCUCUAGCAAAGAAUAAGACAUCAGUCACUCAGCAACAAAUUGACUCGGUCACGAAUGACUUGAAACAAUGCAUGAUAAAAAUGGAAAUUGAUGGGGAAGUGUUUCUGGAAAUGCAAACAGCAGGAGAUUGGACCUUUUGCUUUCAGAAAGAAUUGGUGAGAUAUUUGGAUCAGGUUGAGUUGUUUUCAUAUAUUGUGUAUGAUUAUCUGCCUCAAAAGAAGGAAUAG